AGACAUCACUCCUCUCCCCUCAGCCCCUGUGCUCCUGACACUCUUCCUGUACCCACUUCUGGCAAUCUGAUAUCUACCUGCACCUAGUAGCUUCCCUGCCAGCUCAGCCAUCCAUAUAACUGUUACUAUCUGUGUAACAUCGGUCACUCCGAUAUCUCUACCCCUGCAACUACCUGUGUCUGACACUCAUCUCUCACUCUCUCUAUCAUUCCCUUUUCCCUCAUUCUCUAUUUGUACUCUAAGUAGCUUCUAUCACAGUCUCUGAGCUUUCCCAUUACACCCUGUGGCCCUGCCACUGCCUUUUUAUAUUGCCUGAUUACUAAGCCCUGUAUCCAAAUAAUGGACACCUCCUAUCCACGUGAAGAUAUCUUUAUGACGCACCCUACUAAGCCAGAUAAUUCUCGCACGGUCAUCAAUAUUGGCGGCGCACCCACAGCUCCCAGGGAUCAUCUGCUGUGGUCCCUGUGUAACACCCUGUACCUGAACCUCUUCUGUUUCGGAUUCAUGGCUCUGGUCUACUCUGUUAAGGCACGAGAUCAGAAGGUUCAGGGGGAUGAGCUGGCCGCUCGGCGAUUCGGUCAGAAGGCACGCUGCUACAACAUCCUGGCCACAGUGUGGAAUGUUACUUUGCCCGCUUUGGUGCUGGCUCUGGUGAUCACAGGCAUUGUGCACCUGUCACAGGUGGUAAACGCUUCUCUUGACCUCUUCAAUCUCCGAAGCUACAUAGGUAGUACCGAUGACGACAAUAAGUAAACCGAAACCAUUUUGUGGUGACACAAGGUGAACAGCAAGAUGAUAUUGUGCUUUGACCAAAUAAUGUAACGAAAUGGACAAAACAGACAACUUAUUUCACAGCACUGCUUGACCAAACAGCCACCAUUAACAGUCUGAGCAAAUGGCUGAGUCUAACUGCAACAAUACAGGACUUCUGCAAAUGAGCCACUCCAUUCCAGCAGGAGUUACAUCUGAGAACAUCACUUACUAGACAGUCAUUUGAAUAAAUGCGUUACUCCCAUUACAUGGAGAGAGUGACACAGACAGUUGCCAAGACUGAAUUCCACCUACUUACAGAUUUUGUGACCCAGUUUGGGGACCAUCAGUGUGGGACGGGCAUUAUCUACUCAGAAAAAGUCUUAAAACCUGUUAACAGAAAAAAUUAUCAAUAUUAUAUGAAAAUACCGUACAAUAAAGGCUUUAUAAGGAA